AGGAAGUUUGGCACCUGCCGAUCGGUGACAUCGACACCCGGGCUGCUGCGGGCCAGGUCGAACCCCUCCAGCCGGGAGCAGUGGUGGCGGGGGAACAGGCGGCCUGGGGUGCUGGAGGCAGGACAACCUGGAGAGGUAGGCAGUGGCUACGUCCACUUUACAGAUGAAGAUACUGAGGUUCAGGAGGUGGCCUGACUGCUGCAGGUCUCACGCUUAGUGAACGGCCGCAGAACCCUGGUCGGUUUGAUGCAGGACCCCAGCGGAUCCCAGAGCCAAACCAGGGUGUAAGCGUUCACCUCCGCCGGACAGGUGGAGCUAGCCUGAACCUCCAGGACUUCAGCCCUUCCAGGAGAAUCUGAUCCCAGGUGAGGGAGGUCACUUGGGGUGUGGCCUAGCAGGCAGGCGGGACUCCAGGCUGGGAACAGAAGUCAGCCCUGCUGGGGCUGGGAGCUGAAGGAGCUGUUCCUUUCUCACAGGUGUUAGACGAGGAAAAGUGAUCAUUGCCACACCAGGAGCUGGAGCCAUGGCCUCAAAGCCUGAGAAGAGGGUGGCAUCGUCUGUCUUUAUCACCCUGGCACCCCCGCGCCGCGAUGUAGCUGUGGCGGAGGAAGUGAGGCAGGCGGUUUGUGAGGCCUGGCGUGGCCGCCCCUGGGCGGCUCCUGCCCCAGUGAAGACACCCGAGGCUGGCUUGGCGAGGAGGCCCAGCCCCUGGACACCCCCUGGCAAGGCUGCAACCACAGUGCCAGCUGCACCUCUGCAGCUUUCCAAUGGAGGAUGCCCACCCCCUCCUCCUGUCCUGGAUGGUGAGGAUGUGCUUCCUGACCUGGACCUCCUCCCGCCCCCUCCACCGCCCCCUCCGGUGCUCCUACCUUCUGAAGAGGAGGCUCCUGCUCCAAUGGGGACCUCACUCAUUGCAGACUUACAGCAGCUGAACCUGUCCCCGCCCCCGCCCCCACCACAGGCCCCAGCAGAGGGACCUUCAGUCCAGCCCGGUCCCCUCAGGCCCGUAGAGGAAGAGCUGCCACCUCCCCCAGCAGAACCUGCUGAGAAAGAGGCGUCCACAGACAUCUGUGCCUUCUGCCACAAGACCGUGUCCCCCCGAGAGCUGGCUGUGGAGGCCAUGAAAAGGCAGUACCAUGCCCAGUGCUUUACAUGCCGCAACUGCCGCCGCCAGCUGGCUGGACAGAGCUUCUACCAGAAGGAUGGGCGACCCCUCUGCGAACCCUGCUACCAGGACACGUUGGAGAAGUGCGGCAAGUGUGGCGAAGUGGUCCAGGACCACAUCAUCAGGGCCCUGGGCCAGGCCUUCCACCCCUCCUGCUUCACGUGUGUGACCUGCGCCCGGUGCAUUGGGGAUGAGAGCUUUGCCCUGGGCAGCCAGAACGAGGUGUACUGCCUGGAUGACUUCUACAGGAAAUUCGCCCCCGUCUGCAGCAUCUGUGAAAAUCCCAUCAUUCCUCGGGAUGGGAAAGAUGCCUUCAAAAUCGAGUGCAUGGGAAGAAACUUCCAUGAAAAUUGCUAUAGGUGUGAGGACUGCAGGAUCCUCCUGUCUGUUGAGCCCACGGACCAAGGCUGCUACCCCCUGAACAAUCGUCUCUUCUGCAAGCCGUGCCACGUGAAGCGGAGUGCUGCGGGGUGCUGCUGAGUACCUGCUGGGCAGUGAAUGGACCACUAGCCCCGGCUGGGCCCUUCCCUGACUUGGUUUCCCUUCCUGACCUGCUCUUGCACACUUUCCUUCUGAGCCUCCGUGGGGACCAGCCUGCAAGUCGGCCUAGCCUGUCCAGGAUACAGUGGGGCUGAGUACCCCCAGGCCUUCCACUCCUCCUGUACCCUCUGGGCAUCAGAAGGCUCCUGGACCAUGAGCGUCACCCCCAGAAUUCCCUGCUGACCCCACCCCACUUCCAGGGAAAAGCUGGGGGAACUUGGACCCUUCUCACUGACUAGCUGUCUGGUAGGGGUGCUGGGACCAGCCUGGCUUGCAGGGUUGAGCUAUUUGAGGAACAACUCCA